AAAGCGAAGCCCCAUAGCACAGUGCUGCACAGAGUCUGGCUAUCAGUGUUUCUUGCUGCUCGCAAUACAGCGCAGUUCGAAUCUCAAGCUCCUUCAUCCUGUAACUGUACAUCACUGGCAGCCAGCACUUGCUACUUGAAACAGCUACAGGCAAAGAUGACCAAAAAGGUUUUUACCAACACCAGGGAGAGAUGGAGGCAGCAAAACGUAAACAGUGCCUUUGCAGAGUUGCGGAAACUCGUCCCAACUCACCCUCCAGAUAAGAAGCUGAGCAAAAACGAAAUCCUGCGCCUGGCUAUGAAAUACAUCGACUUUCUGGUCAGGUUGCUUAAAGACCAAGGAACAGAUCAAGGGAGGUCGGACUUCAGCAAAGUUGGAUCUUUUCCAGAGGUCACCCAUCGGCGGUCCCCGGGCCAGAGAACACCAGUCGUUGAGAGUAAUGUCCCAUCACCAGCCUCAGGCUGCAGCAGCUGUAAUGAGGAAUCAGAGAGUCCCGGCAGCUCACCUGAGGAACAUUCCUGCUCAGCUAACAGCACCGUGGUACCGUCCACUGCUAUUUUAUAUCAAUUUGCUCUGUUAAAAAAAUUAAAUGUUUUGUAGUCCGUGGCCCCUAAGCACUAGAAUGUCCUAAUGUGCGUUUGUGUGUGUUUAGAUGUGUUCAUUGACCUAGGUGAAAUACAGGUCACUAAAACCUUUAUUUCUGUAAAAAAAAAUAAAGUUAAAUGGAAGGAAAAUAAAUUCUGGCAUCAGGAGGUUGAAAAUCUUAAUUCCAAUGUGACAUUCAUGUACCAGCCAAAGGUGUUCAUUAGACAUUUGAGGACUACACUGGUAAAUUAUUAAACUGAGAAUAGUGUAUCUUUAAGAUUUCUUCUUUGAAACAUGAAUUGUUUCAUUGUCUCUAAGCUCCGUGGGGUGGAUUUUCCACCUGCUGCCUUCCACAAACUGAAGCUGACUGGAGGAGGGGGUGGGCGGGCAAACUCUUCCUGUGAACAAAUGGGAUGGAAUUUUACACCGACAGGAUUUUACGAUCCCACCAAUGGCCCGGCCUCGCCCCUGCCCACGGUGGGACAUAAAAUUCCGCCCCAAUGUUCCGGAAAUCAAUGGGGAAUCGGGCGGUUUGUAUAAUGGGUGGAAAGUUGAAAAUCUACCCAUGUUUCUUCAAUGAAAGGACCUCCUUCCACUUGUUCUGCACAAGCUAGGAUUCUGUGGUGUCUGACACUGGAAGUAUCAAUCAGCACGCAAUUAUAUACUGUAAGGAUGCCGCUUACAUGCGACAACUUGCAGACAACCUCCUUAACAGUUUAGUGGCAUCUAUCAGCCUGAGCUCACCUUGGUCAUUGUUAACCUAACUUGUAGCUCAGUCUCAGAGCGAGUGGGAGAAACAUUUGGGAACGCAGGAGGAUGUAAAAAAGCUGAGAUAAUAAUGAGACUUCACUCUUUUUCCUUUCAUGGGGUGUGGGCGUCACUGGCAAGGCCAGCAUUUGUUGCCCAUCCCUAAUCGCCCUUGAACUAUAUAGCUUUCUAUACCGUUUCAGAGGGCUGUUAAGAGUCAACCACACUGCUGUGCUGUGGGUCUGGAGUCAUAUACAGGCCAGACCAGGUAAGGACGGCAGAUUUCCUUCCUGAAAGGACAUUAGUGAACCAGAUGGGUUUUAUGACAAUCAAUGAUAGUUGUCAUGGUCACCAUUACUGAGACUAGCUUUAACUUAAUUGAAUUCAAACUCCACCAGCUGUCAUGGUGGGAUUAUGAAUCCACAUCCCCACAUUACUAGCUCAGUGACAUUACCACUACACCACUGUCUCCUAUCCGAUGCUGUUUUUGAUACAUGCUGUUAUUUUAGUUCCAAUAAUCAUAAUGCCUAAAUGUUAUUAUUUCUGACGGUUGGAAUUUGUAAAAUAAGAUUUCACAAUGUUUUAAAGGCACAAAUAUUAAGUUAAUUUAUUUUUCUCCUGAGAUUACUAAUGUAAGAUUGUGAAGCACUCUGCAGAGCGGAAGAGUGGGUUCAUGUCAGUGUCCAAAGUCUUUACAGAGACUUAACUUCUUUCCAUGGGAUGGUUAUCUGACCUGUGAAUCUAAUCGCAAUCAAUUACACUUCAAAAACCACUACAUGAAAUUAUGUGUGAACAUUGUUCUCUGAAUGUUUUAACAAUUCCCAAUAAUUUUUACCAUGUCUUUCUGUCCUAGCUAAAUUAAUUUAAUUUAAUUCAAUUAACUUAAAGUAUAUUAAUAUAUUAAUGGGAAAGAAAAGUAAAUGUUUUGUUGAACUAGCCAAAGAGUCUGCAAAUGUAUAAAAUGCCCGCAGUUGACUUUAUGAAUGAUCUAAUAAAGGUGAUUAUAAAAUAUAGUACUGUACAGGCAUUUCAAACUGACUCAGUUCUGAGUUUAAUGUAUUUAUUAUUGAAUGUUUUGAAACCAAUAACAUUGUAGCCUCAUGAUCGGUGGUAUUUUGAAAUAAAUAUGUAUUUUGUGUAAUUUGCUAGAAUAUACUUGAUCAUCUGUAUCCAUUUAAUAAUAAAUGUUGUAAAUGCAAAGGAAAUAAAGAAAAAUGAGUCAAA